AACCUCGAGGCAGAAGAAGAGCCGAACGCGGAAGUCAUGAAGGCUACGCUAGUAAUGCUAACCAGCUGUGUAGCUAUCCUCGCCGGUUCUUGCUGAUAGUAACCUUGCGUUCUCACCAGUUAACUUUCACUGUAAUUUACUUAGCUGCUACAAAGCUGCAUGACACUGACUGUGCUGUAUAUCUGUUCCUGUUUCGUGAAAUAUCCAUGCAGCUGAAGUGCUGAAAAUGAGAGAAGGAGUGUGUGUCCUGUGACUUAGCUCUUGUGUAGCCAUGGAGAAGCCCUGGAGGCUGUGGGGGGCAGUGGAGCGGUGUACCCUGACUCUGGCCUCCUGGUCUUGGGGUGCAUGUCGAGUCUCCCUUUUGGCUCUCAUCCUCACCUUCCACCUGUAUGGCGGAUUCUUCCUCCUAGCUCUCAUUCUAGCCUCUGUGGCAGGCAUCCUUUACAAAUUUCAGGAUGUGCUCCUCUACUUCCCUGACCAGCCCUCCUCCUCUCGCCUUUAUGUUCCCUUGCCAACAGGAAUCCCUCAUGAAAAUGUGAACAUUCGCACCAAGGAUGGUGUAAAGCUUAACCUCAUCCUGCUUCGCUAUACAGGAGGCGACACACCUCCUGGAGUCACCCCUGGCAAUCAAAGCAGCCCCACUUCCUCUGCUCCACCUACAAUCCUAUAUUUCCACGGUAAUGCAGGUAAUAUCGGUCACAGGGUGCCAAACGCCCUGCUCAUGCUGGUCAAUCUAAAAACCAACGUGGUGCUGGUGGACUACCGUGGCUAUGGAAAAAGUGAGGGUGAGCCCAGUGAGGAUGGGCUGUACCUGGAUGCAGAGGCCACACUGGACUAUGUCAUGACUCGUCCUGAUCUGGACAAGACAAAGGUGGUACUAUUUGGCCGCUCGCUGGGGGGUGCUGUGGCUGUUCGCUUAGCAUCAGUCAACCCUCACCGUGUAGCAGCCAUUAUUGUUGAAAACACCUUCCUCAGCAUCCCCCACAUGGCAGCGACACUCUUCUCCUUCUUGCCAAUGCGCCUGCUGCCUUUGUGGUGCUAUAGGAAUCAGUUCCUGUCCUAUCGACAGGUGGCGCUGUGCCGCAUGCCCUCACUGUUUGUGUCUGGUCUGUCAGACCAGCUCAUCCCACCUGUCAUGAUGAAACAACUGUAUGAGCUGUCUCCUGCGCGGACUAAACGCCUGGCUAUCUUUCCAGAGGGCACACACAACGACACAUGGCAGUGUCAAGGCUACUUUGCAGCUUUGGAGCAGUUUAUAAAAGACCUGCUGAAGAGCCAUGCCCACGACGAGAGUGCCCAGCCCUCAUCUAGUGUUACCAUUAUCUGAAAGAAAAAGUCAUGUACUGAUUGUUGACUACAGGUUGUGGGAAGUAAAGGCUGUCACGGGAAAUUGAUUGGACUUAAUUGAUUUUUUUUUUUUUUUUUUUUUUUUUUGUUGAAAGAAUGUAAAAAAAAUAUAUAUACAUAUAAAUGUUUUCUCUGGGUUUCUGUUUUAUUUAACUCUUUCUACCUUUCUGUAAAUGUUCCAAUAAUUUGACCAUUUCAAGGUUUGAAGAGAGGGUAACAAUGUCCUUUUUACAGCUAUGAAUGCAUGUAUUUGUGACCUGAAAUGACUGAAGCCAGAUCAUACAUGCCCACAGUGCAAUCACAACAUAUUUGCUGUAAUGGGUCAUCGGGUCUACAGAAAUAAAUUUAAAUCCCUGAAACAGUUGCUCAUCACACACUGACCAUAUGAGGACCUACAAUAUUACAGUGAAAACUGAACUACUGGAAUUAAAAUUAAACUUCUUCUCAUAGAGAAAAUGAGACGCUGAUAAUAUCUAGGCCUAUACUGUAUAUAUCUUUGUUAAUACGUAACCUUGCACUUUCUAUUGUUCAGAUUUACCCAAGUGUUGAGUUAUGUAUGCUUACAUCUUCUGAGCAAUACUUUGAGGAGAAUAAGGAUGUUUUUUUCUUCCUUUUUGGUGAGGAACAUGGUGAGUUCUUGCAGCAGCUUGGCAUGACAUGAUUUAGUAUUGAUAUAUAUAUAUAUACCCUUACAAAUUUUGUCUGGCACAUAGCAUUAAAAACGUGUUGAAUAAUU